CGUCGUCCACACGGCUGUUCUAUGGGGUUGGCAGGAGUAAUGGACUCUUCAAAUUCUGAUGAAGAACAAAAAGCAGAAGAGACCGCUCCAAAGACAUAUCAUCGGUGUUUGAGACUUAACAAGUGGAAGUUCUCAAAGGCUUACAAAGAUGAACUCCGGGCGAUGCUGACCCUGGCCUGGCCUGUGACCGUGUCCUCAACACUGGAGCAACUUAUCCUCGUCACCAAUGCCAUGUUUACCGGUCAUCUUGGCACACUCCAGCUGGACGCUACAGCUCUUGGACAGGCUGUCAUCGAUGUCAUGUUACAUGUUCGGUUUCAGACAUAUGGUAGUACCAACAAAAAGAACCUUGGUAUUUUGCUUCAAAGAGCCCUGUUGAUCAACAUAUUGGCAUGUUUUCCCUGUGUUGCCCUCUUCAUGAACGUCGAACGCAUACUGUUGGCUUUUGGACAGGACCCAACCUUAUCCAGAUUAACGGGGAAUUAUGUUACAACCUGCAUACCAGGAUUACCGGCACUGGCGGCGAUGAUGGUGAUGUGCAAAUACCUUUGCGCCCAGGGUAUCGUGCUGCCCACGCUUUUGAUCCUUACGCUUAGUAACCUGUUCAACCUAUUCUGCCUGUAUGUGUUCCUACCCUGGGCGGGUCUGGACAUGGUCGGUGCUGCCCUGGCGAUAUGUCUGGCGUACGGAUCAGGCCUCAUCAUGCACGCUUUGUAUAUUCAUGGAUUGAACACCCACAACUCUACUUGGGCAGGUAUCAAUUUGUCAAUGCGCAGCACUAUUUAUUAG